AUGAGCAGCAGGACAUUCCAGCUUUACGACCUCAGAGUUGAAGUGCAAUCCCCCAAAGACUCUCGACCGAUGCUUUGUUCGAGUCAGCCAGGAGACUACUUCGAACUGAAAGGCGAGGUCUUGACAUUACCUCCAGGACAAGGCUUCUCAGUGUAUUCGUUAGGCUCAGUUCUACCUCUGCUACCCGCAAAGCAACGAAGCACUUCUCAAGCUGAUUGGAUGUCGAGGGAAGAUGUCCUGGCUUGCCCUGAUCCAGCUUGUGGAUCUACGAUGAAGGUCAUUCGGACCGCUGUCUCGACAUGGGAGCAGAAAGAGACCGGCGAGGUGGUGUUACUCGAGAAGAAAGCACUUUGA